UUGGAGCCCAAAAAUUUACUGAUUAAGUUAAUUUUUAGGAAAAUUCCGAGUAAUCAGAUACCAUAGAUGGAAUGACAAUUCUACUAAAGAUCGAAUGACAAUGUUUAUUUAGGAGAUGCACUACGUAAAAAUAAUAAAAAUGUUUCACAGUUUAAAAUCAUGUUUUGUAUUGAUUUUUAUACAAUCAAGUCUGGUAACAUCAAUAGAGUAUUAUCAAUGUUCUGAUAUGUUUCCUACAGAUCUACAUCUUGAAAUGGUUCUUUCUUGUGAAGAAUAUUGUCAGUGUUUAGUGAAUAUCACUAAACGAAUUAUUGAUGGGUGCCAAAAAAUCUGCUGUUGCAGAGAGGAUCACAAAGAUAAAACAAUUAAAAUAUGGCUUUCUGUAACUAUUAUGCUUGCACUUAUAACUUGUUUGGUAAUUGGUUUAAUCUUGAAAAAGCAUAGGAAAAAAGAACCUUUAAUAAAGAGAAGAAAAAAAGGAGUAAACUUUUUCAAAGAUUCAAAUGAAAAUGAAACUCAUACUCAAUACAGACAAGAUACAGGGCUCGUUAAAAAGGAUAUUCAUUUGGCGUUGCCGACCACAGAAAAAAAAGUUGCAUUUAUACCUGUUUGAUAGUUUUUUUAAUUUUAGUAACCUUAAUUUUAAAUUUUAAUUAAAAAAAUAAAUGUUAAUAGUUAUCUUAAGCAGAUAUAAAAGUGAUGUAAAUUUUCUCUUUAUUUUUUUUUUACUUGUAGUUAAUUUCAUUUAUCACAUUAAGUAUUUAUUGAAUUAGUUGCAUUGUGCAAAAAACCUUUUCUAUAUUUUGUAUUGUAUAACUCUUCUUUUUUUGUAUUGCUAAUUUAUUAUUUCUUUUUUUUGGUAAAUCCACAUUUACCCAAAAUAUUUAUAGGGUUAUACUUUUGUAAAGUUUAAAGUGACUCAAAGUCAUCCAAAAUCAUCUUGAUGUUAUGAUGAUGUUAUAUAUAAAAACAUAAAAAAUGUAGUAUCAAAUAAUUUAUGCAAAUAUAUUUAUACCUUUUUUUA